AUGUUUCCAGACCUCCUAUUGCUGCUAUCGCUGGUGUGUACAGCCCUAGGCGAAUUACACACCUCAUCACGAUGGAUUCUCGAUGACAAGGACCAGCGCGUCAAACUGCGCUGCGCCAACUGGGCAGGGCACAUGGAAGUCAACAUCCCUGAAGGCCUCCAACACCAGCCCAUCGACACCAUCGCCUCCUGGAUCUCCGACAACGGGUUCAACUGCGUGCGGCUGACCUACUCCAUCGACAUGGCACUCAACCCCUCCGUGUCCGUGUCAGACUCAUUCAACACGGCCGCCUCCGCAGCGGGCGUCGCCCCCUCCGCCCUCCAAGCCCUCUACGCCCAAGCAUCCAAGCACAACCCCCUCCUCACCACAGCCAGCCGACUCGACGUCUUCGCCGCCGUCAUCGACUCCCUCCACCACCGCGGCGUGUACACCAUCCUCGACAACCACGUCUCGCGCGCCAGCUGGUGCUGCAACUUCACCGACGGCAACGGCUGGUGGGACAAAGCGCAGGGCUACAACGACCUCAACAGCCGCUACUUCGACACACAAGCCUGGCACCGCGGGCUCGAAGCGAUGGCGCAAUUCGCCUCCUCACAAGAAGGCGUAGUAGGCAUGUCACUGCGCAACGAGCUCCGCGCGGUCCCACUCAUCCAAGACCUCAACGCCCACGCAGACUGGUACGACCAGUUGACGCGCGCAGCGCAGAAAGUGCACGACACCAACCCGUCAGUCCUCAUCAUCAUCGGCGGCGUCAACGGCGGAACAGACCUCUCCUUCCUGCGCAUUAAGACCCUAGACGCUGGGGACUGGGCCCAGAAGCUCGUGUGGGAGUUCCACGCCUACGCUUUCUCCCUGACGCAGCCGAACCCCGGUCGUCACUGUCAUGUCGCGUCUGCCGAGUACGGCGCCUCCAAUGGCUUUCUCCUCACCCAGGAGAAGGACUACACGGGUCCGCUGUUCCUGUCUGAGUUUGGCGUCGCCAUGACUGGCGGCGGGGACGAGACCUCCGGCUUGUCGGAGGAUGAUCUUGGGUACUUGAAGUGUUUGGUGGAGUAUAUGGAGUCUAAUGAUGCCGAGUGGGCGGUGUGGGCCCUCCAGGGAAGCUACUAUGUGCGCGAUGGGCAGGUUGAUAUGGAUGAGAGCUUUGGGCUGCUGACGCAGGAUUGGAGUAGCUGGCGCAAUCCGCGGUUUCGAGCGUUGCUGGGUGGGAUGUGGGAUGUAACGCAAGGCCCGGGCAAGGAGUAG